AUGCGUGAUCAGUACGAAAACGCAAAAAGGCGGAAACCUAGUGAACCAUCAACAUCAAGCUCGGCAGUACAUGAAUUAUUUCGUAGCGAACAGAACACGAGACGACGAUGCUGGAACCGUUCUCCAGGACGGAUCCACUAUCAUCCUCUAGUAGUUCCAGUAUUACCUAUCAAGGUCAACCCGAUCAGCCAACCCAUCGUCACGAGACAUUACCUGAAAAUAAUAUCUGAUAUUAUUUUGACAUUGUCACGGCAGGGAAUGCCAUUUAGAGGUCACGACGAAUCUGAUGACUCCUCAAACAAGGGCAAUGAAUCUUACAACAAAUAUUUCAAUCUCAGUAGUUCAGGUAUACAAAAUGAUAUUAUUAAUAAUGCUGGAAAUAUUAUACAAUCCAAAAUAAUCGGCGAAAUCAAAGAAUGUGGAGCCUCUGCAAUAAUGGUUGAUGAAGCAAGGUGCUUCAAAGAGCAACAGUUGUCAUUCUGUGUGCGUUACACAAAAAAAUUGGAGAUAGAAGAACGAUUUUUGGGGUUCGUAGAAUGUUCUCAACAACGUGAUGCGUCAAGCUUGUGCACUUUGAUAAUAAAUUUCAUAGAUAAAUUGGGCCUAAGAAACUUUCCAAUAAUUGCACAAGCCUAUGAUGGUGCAAGCGUGAUGUCGGGAAGAAACGGUGGCUUACAAGCAAAGAUAAGGGAAAUACAUCCUGAAGCGAUUUACAUUCACUGUAUGGCCCACAGACUUAACUUAGCUGUUGUUGACUCAUGCAAUGACAUACAGGGAGUUAAAGAGUUUUUCAAUAUCUUGGAAUCUUUAUUUGUGCACUUUUCCCAGCCGUCAAACCAUAAAACCUUCAUUGAGACACAGAAGGCAUUAGGAACCAAGACACUGGAACUCAGUAGGAUUUCAGACACUAGAUGGAGUUGUAGGAGCAAUAAUUGCCAAGGCGUUAAAAAUAAUUAUUCCUCAAUUAUUGUGGCUCUUAAAUAUGAAAUUGAGGAAAAUUCCAAUAGAAACGUUGUUGAGGCGAUGGGUCUUUUAACAAGCUUGACUACAAAAAAAGUUUCUAGUUAA